AAAGUGGGUCAAAAAUAUCUAAUUUUGAAGUAAUGGAGAAGGUUAAAGAUAUGGCCAGACCAUUCACAUUUCCGGUCUUUAAGGUAUCUAAAUCGUCCCUGGAGUUUGUAAGGUUUGAGGCUGAGAUAGAAAACUAUUCCAGCAUGGAAAAUGUUCUCGCUAAGCUGGAUAUGAGAACAAUCAAACUCUCAGGAUUCACUGAACUAUUGAAGAUCCGAGCUGCUGAGUCAAAAACUCCAUUCCCCACCAGGGCUGACUGGGACGAGUUCUUCCGUGAUAACAAAGACAUGAACGAGAUGAAAGCCGGAGAGCGACCUGAUACUCUUCAUCUUCAAAACCUUCCGGUCAAAUGGUUCCUGCAAUUACAGGAUAAGUCUGGAGUGGUUCCUGAUAAACCAUCAGAGUUUGUUUUAAAGAAAGCUUUUAGUUCAUUUGGAGAUAUUAGACUCGUAGAUAUUCCAAUGCUGGAUCCUUACAGAAACAAGAUGGCGAAUACUAUCUCAGGAAUCAAAACUUUUAGUUUUGGUGAAGAUUUGGUUUUCCAGGCGUAUGUUCAAUUCAAGGAAUAUAUUGGAUUUGUAAAGUGUAUGAAUGCCCUGAAAGGGAUGAAACUAUGUUACAAAGACAGGGAUUCUAGCAAGGCGUGGACUGCGAAUAUUAAGGUUGAUUUUGAUCGAUCCAAGCAUCUAGCUGAGAGCACGAUCAAGGCUCGGAAGGAGGAGAGGGAGAGGUUGGUGAAGGAGGAGGUGGACAGGAUGGAGAAGGAGAAAAGGAAUGCGAGAUUAGAGCAUCUCCAGAAGAAGGAACAGAUUAAACUGUUGGAGGCAGAGGAGCGAGAACAGAAAGAAAAGAAAGCUGCCAAAUCUCUUGUUGCGGAACAGAGACGACUAGCUAGGGAGGAGAAAAGAAAGAAUAGAAGACUCAAGAAAACGGGCCUUACUGAAGAGGAAGAAAUGGCUUACAGAAUCGGAGCAGAGGAGAGGAAGUUGAUUCUAGCACAGAGGAAAUUGGAGAGCAUUCGUAUCCUUGACGAACUGAUAAGCAGGGCCAAGGGUCUAGGUAAAAUCAAGCCAGCUCUGCAGAAUAAGACUCCAGCAGUCCAGGAGUCAUCAUCAGAGGACGAUGAGGAGAAGUUAAAGAGUAGGGAGAAGGAGUACAGGGACAAGUUGGUGAUGAAGCUUAAGAAAAAGGUUGAGGGGGAUCUGGAUACUCAGAAAACUAUGAUUAAAAGAACAAGGAAUGAAGGAUUUGAAAAUGUGUCAGACAGUGAGUCUGAUAAUUCACGUGCUGGAUCCAAGAAGAAGAUUAAGCUCCAUAAGCUCGAGAAGAUAUCUGAUGAUGAACUCUCGGAUGUCGGCAGUGAUGAGGAUGUUGAAAGCGAAAUAGACAGUGAAGAGGAAUUACGUCUCACAUCCACGGAUGAUGAAAGCGAGGAUGAUAAGAGGUCUCGGAAAAGGAAGAAGGACAAAAAGGACAAAAAAGACAAGAAGGAAAAGAAAGCUAAACGAGAAAAAGAAGACAGAAAAUUAAGGGAUGAGAGAAGGAAAAGAGAACUUGAUAAACAGAUUAAGAUGGCUGAAAGGAUUGCUAAGAAAAGAAGUCCAGAUAGAGAUGAGAAGAAGGCAGAUCUGUGGGAACAUGAAAAGUAUGACAGGUUGGUCUUAAUAUUUAUUUGUUCAGGGAAAGGUCUGGUCGAGGUGGUGGAAGGAGUUCAAGGGAUAGAGAGAGGGAAAGAACCCCUACAGGAUACUACGGAGUUAGGGACUUUAGAUAAAAGUUUAAUAUAG